CAUGCAGAAAUACUACUAUAUUUACAUAUGUAUGCCAGUGUAUAUGUGCAUAUUCAGAAAGUCUACAGAAGAUUUUCCAGCUAUUUGUGAAAGGGAGUAAUUGCUACAGACUUAAUGAAAGAGUUUCAAAGAAUGUUGAUGUUGCAAUACAGCAAGCAUGGUGAGUGCAUCCUCAAAGAAAUUGGCGCGGCUUUUAGGGGGGAGCAUCCAGCCGACCUGACGAUCGUCUGCGAGAACAAGGUGAAGUUACACGCACACAAAUUAGUGUUAGCUGCUGCCAGUCCGCUCAUAAGAAAUUUGCUGGAGGAUACUCACCUGAGCGAUUGCACGACAACAGUUUAUUUUCCUGAUGUCAACGCGACAUAUUUCAAGUUUCUGUUGGACUUUCUGUACUCGGGACAGACGUGCAUAACGUCGCGGGAUGUGAACUAUCUGCACGACUURCUGCUGCUGCUGCAAAUCAAGUCGGACAGCUGGAAGACAACAGACUCUGCCUAUCUUAGCAAUAAGUGCGCCGGAAGCAUACGAGAGAGGCCACGGAAACAGCAGCCGCAGCAGCAACAGCARCAACAACAACAACAACAGCAGCAGCAGCAGCCGCACCCACAGCAGUAUCCGUCCCCGCACACAGAUCAAUCGUUUAAAUAUGAAGUUGAGAGCGUGGACGAGACUAGAAAUACUGGCGAUUUUAACGCAUUCCCAGCCGAGAACUGUGAGGCCGGCAAUGAGUGUUCGCACAGCAAGGAGGAGGAUGAGGACGAUGAGUGCACCAACAAGGACAAUAAGAGCGAUAAAGACACUGAUGAAAUUGUAAACCUUUCCGACAUUCCAGCGGGCGGACUUGCCAACAACAGUAGCAGCAGCAGCAGCACCAACAAYAACGUCCAACACCACCACCGCCACCAUCAUAACAACAACAAUAACAAUAUUAAUAACUCAUCGAUAACUCCUGUCAACUUGUCGCUCGAUCUGCGGACGAAAGGGGACAACAACUCGCCACGCAUUGAUACCAAGAAUUAUCUGCUAAAGCAAAGCAACAUCGAUUCGAUCAGCGCACACGAGAGCACGAAGCGAAAAGGACUAUUCUUCGACACUCACAAGGAUGUGAUGAAGCCGCUGUCCGAUGGCGCCGACAUCAAUAGUUCGCCCGAGAACUAUGUGGUGACGCCGCAUCGGAAGCGUCGGCCGGGCUUCCACAAUACGCAGAGCGACAAUCAGCCCUUCACCACGUAUCAGCACAAUCUAUUGGAGGAACUGCGUCUGGUUAAGUCAACAACAUCGCCGAUAGCGGGUCUGGCGGCAUCCGAGAAGAAUAUAUUGUCGCAACUGGAGGAUGGCGCACUUAAUCCAGACGCAAUGACGCCCGAACGGAAACUGUUCGAAUCCCAACGAAAUCGAGUUCAAAGUCCCGAGCUGCAGAUGCAUCUGGGUCAGCAGUUCGUCUACCAAUGGCAGUCCAAUCAGAAUGCGGCGCUUUCCGCAAUGCCCAAUCUGCAGUCGCGAUUGUCCAGCUUAUCGCACAUCAACUUAAGCCUGGAUCCGGAGAGUCGCAACAGCAGCGCGUCCGUGUCGAGCAUCGCCGCCAACAACACGCACACGACGUCGUCGGUGCGCGAAUAUCGCUGCGAAUACUGUGGCAAGCAGUUCGGCAUGUCCUGGAACCUGAAGACACAUCUCCGCGUCCACACCGGCGAGAAACCGUUCGCCUGCCGCCUCUGUGUGGCCAUGUUCAAGCAGAAGGCCCACCUGCUGAAGCACCUGUGCUCCGUGCAUCGAAACGUCAUCACCACGACCAACGGAACGGAUACGGAGAAUCGAUAUAGCUGCUGUUUCUGCUCGAUGUGCUUCGAGUCGGUGCAGGAGCUGGUGCGCCAUCUAUCGGGGCAUCACAACAACCUUCUGCUCACCAAGAAUCUUCGGGAAUAAAUCUGUAGGAAAGAUCUGUUCGAUGAUGAGCCCAUCGACCCAUCGAGCACGUAAUUGCAAAGAGACCUGAAUUUUUAUAU